AGUCCGCUUUUUAAACUCAAUCUCCGGUCACGCUGGCUGCAGAGUUGUUUUUGCAGUUUAAGCUACGCUCGGAUGAGAAAAUUUAAAAUAAAAUAGUUUCUCUUAAUUUAAAUACGGUUCAAAACGCAUUGGAGCUGUGCAAGUGCAAUAAUUGUGCGUCAAGAUGCGUCAAUUCAACAUUUCGGUCAUUGGACUAUCCGGGACCGAAAAGGAUCGCGGCCAGGUGGGCGUGGGCAAGUCAUGUUUGUGCAACAGAUUUAUGCGGCCGAUGGCCGACGAUUACUUUAUCGAUCACAUAUCAGUGCUCAGCCAGAGCGAUUUCAGCGGUCGCAUCGUGAACAAUGAUCACUUUCUCUAUUGGGGCGAGGUGCGCAAAACGACCGACGAAGGCGUCGAAUACAAUUUCAAUAUCAUUGAGCAGACCGAGUUCAUGGACGAUUCGACGUUCCAGGCCUUCAAAGUGGGCAAAAUGGAUCCAUAUCUGAAGCGUUGCACCGCCACCAAAGUCUUCUCCGCUGAGAAACUCAUGUACAUAUGCAAAAAUCAGCUGGGCAUCGAAAAGGAAUACGAACAGAAAGUGAUGCCCGACGGUCGGCUGAGUAUCGAUGGCUUCGUCGUUGUCUUCGAUGUGAGUCCCGUGCCCAAUCGCAGUGUGGAGAAACAGGUGGAGUUUGUCCAGAAUGCCAUUGCGAAUAUAUUGAAGAACAAGAAACCCCUUGUGCUGGUGACCACAAAGAACGAUGAUGCCUAUGAGCUGUAUGUGCGGGAGGCGGAGAAGAUCAGUCAACGGAAGGAUUACAAGAGUACGGUGCAGUUGAUUGAGACAUCGGCGCACGAGAGCAUCAACAUUGAUCUCGCAUUUCUGAUGCUUGCCCAAAUGAUCGAUAAGGUGAAGAAUCGCGUCAAGAUCAUUUCAUAUCAGGAAUCGGCGAAAUCACGCAAAGAACUUCUCGACAUCCGAUCGGAGGCGGUCACGCGGCUGAUACGCAAUCAAAUUACCGAUUAUCAUGUGCUGUGGUCACAGGGCUCCAAGAUGCUGUCGCAGUAUCGCGAAUGGAACGAGUUCCUCAACAUUUUUGGACACGAGGCCGGUCAGAAGUUGUUCCGUCGCCACAUGAAGAAGCUGCGCGACGAUCAUCUCAACAAGAAGCUGCAUCAAUAUUUGGAUAAGUUUGCAUUGGCCCUCGAGUAUCUGCUGCCCGAUAUCAGUGCGCUCAAUAUUAGCGAUGAUGAUGCGUGGGAAUGUGCUCGCAACUAUCUGCAGAAUCACAUUGAGUUCGAGCAGUAUUUCUUCGAGUGUCCGCAGGCCACAUGGACCGAGCUAUUGGACAUGGAUGAGGCUGAGGAUGAGGCGCGUAUACCGUUCGAUGUCCUCGAGACGAACGAGGCCGAGACCGUCUUCCGCAACUACUUGAACUCGGUGCAGCAGGACAAGAAGAAGAUCGGCUGGAAGCAACAGUUCAAGAUGCUGCUGGAGGAGUCCGGUUUCGUGACGCCCGGAAAGCAGCUGUCGGAGGUUCGGGUACUGUUCAUGGGUCGUGAGUGCUUCGAGGCGCUGUCGGAGCACGAUUGCCAACAGAUCUACGAUAUACAUCAGGAUGAGAUCAUUGAGAAGAGCAAACAGAAUUUCGUUGAGCUGCUGCUGGAGCAUGCGCAAUACUUUCUGCAGUUCAAGAACGUUGAUAUCAUCACGCAAGAGGAUGUCCGGCAAAUCACGGAUGUGAUACAGGAGGAUUCGCGUUACAAGAUGCUCGAUCGCUUGGAUCAGGAGCGACGAGUGAUGCUGGUGCAGCAUUUGCGCUUCAUCCAUUGCCCCAUACGUGAUCAUUGUCCGUUCUUCAACAAUUGCGUUGAUAACUUGAUCGAGGAGGUGCUCUCCGACAAAUCUUCGGCUGGCAAUCACAAGUCGUCACAUGCUGGGGGACAAGUUGGAGGGGGUUGGAAAUCGACACCUGGAAGUGGCAGCGAUCGAACAUUGAAUCUGCUGAUCGUGGGCUCGGAGCAUUUGGCCAGUGAUCUGCUCAACGAUAUACGCAUCUGCACGGGCAGCAAGGGCGAAUACAUCUACGAGAAUCAAACAUAUUAUCUCAACUAUCGCAUUGCGAACGGCGACAUGGAGGCCUUCAAGGCCAUCGACGUCUAUUCGAGUGGUCUGAUUUGUGUGUACUCUAAUCAGCAAUCGUUUGAGACGCUCAAAGACAACUUGGAGCGCACUUUGCUCUGCAAUCUCGAGCUGGAGGAUAAGUUUGAGAAUCUACCGAUUGUGUUGGUCUAUCAGCCGCAGGAUCUCAAGGAGAACGAAGUCGAGUAUUUGCGCAGCGAGGGAAUGCGUCUAUCGGAAAUGUUGCACUGCGAUUUCAUUGAUCAUACGCAAAAUCAUCAGAAAUACGUCUACGAUAUACUCAACAUUGUCAUUCUAUCGCUCAAAUUGAGCGAAAUGAAAAGCUACGAGCCAUAUCCAUCGUCCAAUCACACCGAUCUACGCAUCUUGGUUUGCAUCUACUGCGGCGAUCAGUAUGACAUCGAGAACAUUGUCCAGCCAUUGUUGGCCGAGUCCAGUUUGGUCAAGGCCAACGAGCAUUGCAUCGUUGUUGAUGUCUUUAUUGGCGAUGCGAAGCGACGCGUUGAGUUUAUUUUGUCAUCGUAUCAUGGCACCAAUCAGUAUCGCGAUGAGCUCAUCCACGGCUAUAUUUACAUCUAUUCGGCCAAACGACGCUCUUCGCUGGCCAAUCUCAACAUUUUGGCAGCACAGAAUGCCAACAUUCCAUUGCAAAUUGUGGCGGUAACGGAGAGCGGCGGCGUUAAUGCGUUCUUCAACAAUGAGAUUUGCCAGUUUCUCAUCACCGAGGGCAAUGCGUUGGCCGAUCGCUUCAAGGGCAGCUUCAUGACCUUCUCCGCCGAUCAGUAUGUGAAGUGUAAGUGCUCAGAGAAUGCAUUUUACUUUCUAUUAUACUAACUUUACUUUCCUUUUCAGUUGCCUUUUUAUAAUCCAUUCCUGAAGACGGCCUGGGACAACAAAUACGAGGUGGAGAAUCUGCAUGUGGAGGAGUCAAUUACUUUAGAUUCGGGCGAAGGCACGCUUGAGAAUUCAGUUAAUCAAAUGCCACGUCCGCCACCGAGACACGAAAGCUAUAUGCUAUCCAAUACACUUGGUACAGAUGGUUCCGGCAGUGAGAAUUACGAAAUGCUUCCUACAAGAUCUCUCAACUCAUUAAAUGAAGAAAGAGAUAUAUCUUUAGAUGAAAUCUAUGAUGACAACAACGAAAAACCCAAGCACCUGCAUCAAACGGAUGUCAGCGGGUCGAAGGAUUCAUUGGCCACCCAUGAUGCAGAAUGGCUCGAGGAUAAGAACGAUCCGCGUCGCAGCAACAUGAACAAGAACUCGAUAUGGAAUAAUUUCAGCGGAUCGACGCAUGCUUAUACCACAGGGAGGCGGCACAUUGAUUCCAAUUUGAAUAAGAUACGGCCCAAGGGACCGAGCCAAACGCUUAAGGUGGGUGAAGCGCCCAGUCGAAACUGUGCCAUGAGCUCCUCAACUUUCACGCUACCCACACAGCAACCGGGCAAGCUGAAUAUGAAGAACUUUCAGCUGGUCAGCGAUGCCGUCGCCAAAAUGAAUUUCACCAGCAGCGGCAGCAUGGGUGAAUCCUAUUUGGGUGGCGUCGGCGGUGUCGGAAGCGAUGGCAUUGUUGGUGUUGGUGUUGGCGGCGAUAAGGAUGCCAAGCGUUACGAUCACGCUCAACUCGAUGGCGAGGACGAGGACUCCGAGGAGCUGGCCGAGUACGAACAAAUCUACGAAAACGAAGACUGUACCGAGUCGGAUAGCUGCGCCAGCUCGACGGAGCGUCGGGUGCGACAACAGAACGCCUAUUACAAGGCCAACAAGAAGGCUGCUACUACCAAGAAGAACAAAAAGAAGAAGGUCGCCAUUCCGGUGCAAACGCCACGCGUUCCUCCCUUUGGAUCCUACGUCAGUCCCCCGGAGAUACCGUCGCACUAUCAGCGCAUGGCCGCCGUUGCCGCUGCAGGUGAGAAGAAAAAAGCUGAGGCUGUGCCCGACUUCAUGAAGAGCGACAAAUCGCCCGAGUAUUCCAUGGUGCCCGAGUUAACGGCAGCGGGUAUUUUUGGUGCGGAGAAUUCGCCGGAGUUCAAUAUGAAUGCCAAAUGCUUGAAGGACUUUGAGAAGCUGGAGAAGCGACGCAUCAAGGAGGAGACAGCACGAUUGCGCAAGCAACAGGAGCGUGAAAAGGAGCAGGAAAAGAAGCUGAAGCGUAAGCUCAAACAAAAUGCCAAGGGUCUGACCGAGACAACCGAGGCACAAUUUGGCAAACUGAUGAUCACAUCCGACAAGGACGAGAUUCCCAUUUUCCUCAUCAAGUGCGUGGAGUUCAUUGAGAAGGAAGGUCUCGACUCUGAGGGCAUUUAUCGUGUCCCCGGCAGCAGAGCUCACGUCGACAUGCUCUUCCAGCGCUUUGAAGAGGAUACCAACACGGUGAUUGAUGUGCUCGAUAUUCCAGUGAAUGCUGUGGCCACGGCGCUCAAAGAUUUCUUCUCGAAACGUUUGCCGCCGCUGUUCAGCAAGGACAUCAUCAAGGAGCUCGAAGAGAUUGCGGGCUCUCGUGGCGUCGGCUCGUCCAAGCUGAAUGUUGAGGUUAAAACCGAUCGCAGCUGCCGUUUAAUAGCUUUAAAGUCCUUGCUGCAAAAAUUACCAACCAUCAACUUUGCCAUACUCAAAUACAUAUUCCAGCACUUUGUGCAUGUCUCGGAUAACUCAAAGCUGAACAGCAUGGACAGCAAGAAUCUGGCCAUUUGCUGGUGGCCCACCUUGAUACCCAUCGAUUUUACCGACAUGGGACACUUUGAGCAGCUGCGGCCCUAUCUCGAGGACAUUGUCCAGACGAUGAUUGAUCAAUUCCCGUAUCUCUUUUGCGGCAAGGAUGCCUUUGUCAUGGUCUAGAGUCUAGCGAAGAAAAAGGCUUGCGAGGACUAAACACACUCAUGGAGCAGCAGCACCAUCAUGAACCCAUCGAUCGAUUUACAGAUCAUUAAAAAGGAAAAACAAAAACAAAAUCACAAUAACGACAGCUAAAUAGAAGAAGAAGAAGAAGAAGAAGAAGAAGAAGCGAGACCCUUUUUACUUUGUUGCAAAAGUGUGAAGGGUCUUUUCAAAAUGAAAUGAAGGCAGCCAAGUCGCCAUUUUUUUGUAAACGCAACAGUAUGAGUGCAUGAAUGUAUGUGUGUGCGUGUGUGUGUGGGUGUGAAUGCGUUUGUAUUGUAAAGUAUUUGAUAUGGAAACGAAAAGUAUAUAAAGAGAAGACGAGGAGGAGGAGGAGCAACCAAUUAGUUAAGUAGGGUAUAUAUUUAUUUUUUGAUAUGUGUGUAUGUAUAUCUAUAUAUGCAUGUAUUUAACCACAUUUUAACUGAUUUUAUUGUAUUUUAAUUCUGUAUUUUUUUUUGUAUUUUUAAUAUAUACAUAUAUAUACACAUAUAUAGAUAUACAUAUUUUGUAUUUAAUGGCUUUGUUGUGUUUCCGUGAUAUAUGUAAACGCAUAAUGCGUAAAGAACAAAACAAAAAAAACAAACAAAAGCGCCCAACAACAAACGCGCCCCGCACCACGCCUGAACCGCUCCUGAACUUGGCUUUGCUCACCAACACUUGCUUCGUUCAGUGUGUGCGUGUGUGCAUCGGUGUGUGUGUUUGUCGUCGGCGUCAGAAGAGAAAAAUUCAAUAAAUGUAUUAAUUGUGUAUUGUAUGUUAAAAGAACAAGAAAAUAAUAAGAAAAAACAAAACACAUAAACAAAGCAUAAACUAAAGCAUUACAUAUACACAUAUAUAUCUAUAUAUUUGCUAUGUAUGUCUAAUUAGAGGACGAAGCAGCAGACGAAGAAGACGAAGAUGAGCUGCAAAGUAAAGCGCAAACGCAAAUGCAAAUGCAAAAUUUAAAACGCAAACUCAAAACCAAUUCCAGCUAAACUAAAUGUGAAUCUCUUAUUGUAUGUGAGUCUGUGUCUGUGUGUGUGUAUGUGCGAGCGAGCGAGUGAAUGUCCUGUUCUUUUAUGUGUAUUUAUGUGCGUGUGUGUGUUUGUGUAUGUAUUAAGCAGGCAGCAAAACAAAUUGUGUCUAAAAGAUGGCAAGCAUGUGUAUUAAGUAAUUAGCGCUAAUAUUGAUAAACAAAAAAAACCAAAAACAAUGGUACUCCCCGCCCCCCAGCCCUGAUCCUCGCCUGUGACCACCACCCCCCGCGGCCCAUAUGACAUGCAACAGCAUUGCAGUAUGCUGUCUAUCUCACUCACUCUCUUUGUCUCUAGGCUCUCAGCUAUUAUAAAUGUGUGCUCUACUCUUACAUAUGGCAAAAAAAUAAACAAAAAAAACAAACACAAAACAAAAACAAAACUCAUAUACAACAACUUCGAUAUAUAUAUAUAAUAUAUAUGUAUAUAUACGUACAUAUAUAUCUAUAUAUAUAUAUAUACAAUAUAUAUGUGUAUUUUAACUAAAAAGCAAACAAACAAAAAAAAAAAACAAAAAACGUAGACAACGUAAGCGUAAGUGUUAUUUCUUGUAAUUGAGCAUUAAUUUUUUAUAAACCUAAUUAUAUAAUUGUGUAUCUUGUGUCUGAACGGACCUCAAACUUAAAGCAAAACAACAAAAAAACAAAAGAAAAAAAAGUAAAACUAAAUAAAAAAAAAUUGAUGUGCGAAAAAAAAACAAAACAAAACAAAAAAACAGAGAGAAGAGAAUGACAAAAAAACGCAAACAAAAUAACCAAUAUAUAGUAUAAUUUGUAUAGAUGUGUGUCUAUUGCAUUAUUUGUACAUGAAUGUACAUGCACAUACAUACAUACAUAUAUGUAUAUACAAUAUAUGUAUAUAUGAACAUAUACACGCAGGAUGCAAAGCUAUAUAUGUAUAUGUACUUGUAUGUGUAUGCAUUUAUUUAUAUACGCUACAAAACAAAAACAAAA